UAAGCAAGACCCACCAUUUCUCUUGCUCAAAACAAAAUUAUUUUCCACAAAUUUCUCUCCACUCCGUGGUUGUCCCUUUCUCUCUUUCUUUAUCUUCCUUUGUUAAAGAAAACUUAUCCAAAAGCUUGCUUAAUGUUUUCUCGGGAAUCAAUCAGAAAAUCUCUACCUUCAAUCCCCCGAGUUGUCAUUGCAACAACUCACCGGCUCCACUCUCCACCACUGUUCAGCCAAACACGAUGCUCCACCUCCUCCUCUUCUUCUUCUUUGAGCUCCCACAAUGAUGGUAACAAGACUAAGUUCUUUUCUUCCGAUCGGUUUUUGAGAUCAGUUUCUUCAGGUGUUGUGAUUCUUGGAUUCAGCUUAGGCCUCUUUUAUUAUUCUUCUCCUUCUUGGGAUUCGAAUCUCUCUCGUUCUUUCGAGUAUGACUCUAAAGAGACAAUCUCAGAUAAUGGCGAGAUCAAGGAGGAAGAGGAGCAGUUUCAAGAAUCAAGACCUGAAAAGAACUCUAUUUUUCUCUUUAAAGAUGCCUAUAGGAGAAGAGUUUUCUUCAAGUAUGAGAAACGGAUAAGGAUGCAAAGCCCUCCUGAAAAGGUUUUUGAGUACUUUGCAUCAGUUCGAACACCUGCUGGAGAGAUUUUUAUGAAGCCAACUGACUUGAUGCGAGCGGUGGUGCCUGUAUUUCCUCCCUCGGAAUCAGAUCGUGUCAGAGAAGGAUUUCUAAGAGGGGAGAGGGUGUCCGGGGAGCUACAUUGUGCUCCUUCAAACUUUUUCAUGCUUUUUGACACCAACAACGAUGGACUUAUUUCUUUUGCAGAGUACCUAUUUUUUGUUACACUGCUAAGAAUCCCAGAUUCCAGCUUCUCAGUGGCGUUUAAGAUGUUUGAUCUUGACAAUAACGGAGAAAUAGAUAGGGAGGAGUUUUGCAAAUUAAUGGCUUUGAUGCGAGCUCAAACCAGAGAAGGGGCUCAGUACAAGGAUGGACGACGUCUUUGGCCGAAAGCAGUUUCGACUGAAAAUGGAGGCCUCCUUGUGUACUUCUUUGGCAAGGAUGGCAAGAAUCCUCUUAGACAUGAAAUAUUUGAUCAAUUUCUUAGAGACUUACAUAAUGAAAUCCUGUGGCUGGAGUUCUCCCACUAUGACCACAAAUCUCAGGGAACGAUAUCAGCUAAAGAUUUUGCCUUGUCAUUGGUGGCAUCUGCUGAUAUAAACCACAUAAACAAACUGCUUAAUCGGGUUGACAAAAUCGAAACCGAACCAAGACUCGCAGGCAUCCGUGUUACCUUUGAGGAAUUCAAAGAAUUUGCAAAUCUGCGUAAGCAGUUGCAGUCUUUCUCACUGGCUAUCUUCAGCUAUGGAGAAGUCAAUGGUGCGUUGACCAAAAACGAUUUCCAGAGAGCUGCAUCACAGGUAUGCGGAGUCUCGGUUACGAACAAUGUGGUUGACAUAAUAUUCCAUGUGUUUGAUGCAAAUCGUGACGGAAGUUUAAGUGUAAAUGAGUUUCUUAGAGUUCUACAGAAAAGGGAAGGUGACAGCUCUGAAGGAGGCUACAGGGGACUGAUAUCUUGUUGGUUGAACUGUGCGACUUGCUCAUCAGCUAAGCUUCGUUUUUCUAACGUAAUUAGCUAACAAAUGAACUACCAGAUUUAUGCCACAGCAGCAUUAUAAAUAUAUAUAUAUAGUAAUGUAAUAGUCUAGUGAUCAUUACACUUGAACUGAUAAGUUUUGGGGGACUGAAAAACCACUACAGAGCCGGAGUCUAACUCAACCUAGUCUAUACUAUUGAUAAGUUUUGUGCCUUGACUGGUUAAGCUACAGGUGACUUCGUCAGCACAGUAACAAGAUAGUGCAUAGUGUCUGUAAAUGUAUAUAUAUAAGCUUGUCGUUCCUGCCUUUGUUUAAUAUGUAGCUACUUUUCUGUUAUUAUGAAAAAUAAUCUUGCAUCUCUUUUACCAAUUAAA